AUGGCCACUCCGCUUCUGUUUUCGGGCCUUGUGUGCAGCCAUGCCGCCUGGCGAGCUGAACUCACACAUGUCCAAUGCAGGCUUCUGCCUUUGAAGUCUCAGAAAUGGUACUGGAAGGCGAUUCUGUGGAUUCCACUGGGCCUUUUCCAGGGCAUCAUUUUCUACUUAGCCUGGGACAACUAUUUGGAACGCCAGGACAGCGAUGAGGAACCGGAGACUAACAGUAAUGGCUGGAACCGCUUUCACUGUAAGGCGAUUUGUGCCUUGUGCGAAGGCUUACCGGCGAUCACUGUGAUCACCUGUGCCUGGUGUAGUGUGAACUCACCACCAGAUGAUCCCUUGAUGAGGGAGACGUGGCCCUAUGAGAAAGAACUUAUGCGAUUUCUUGGUUUCAUCCUGUUCCUAUCAACUGGAUUUGGCAUCAUGGAGUUGGACUUUUGCUGUUCCAACAAAGUGGCCAAGAAGAUUCAGUCUCGCUACUACGAAGUCAUCCACCUCCUUUUUCGAGUCAGUGAAGUUGUAAGCCGGACGCUGAUGCACGUGAUGUUUGUGGUCACUACUAGACGGAUCACUUUUUGGUGGUGGAGCCCUGCCGCCUCGAAUCUGCUUUUAUCUUUCUUGGUGACCUGCUACUUCGGAGGUGAUGAGAAACGCAUCUUGGUACGCCUAUUGUCUUGCGUCCCAUGCAUGUGGGUGAACAUAUUCUUCUUUGUGGACUCGCCAUACAAGCGAAGAGCAGCCAAGAGUAUAUCGACGUGGUUUGACCUGAGAUUUUUGCUCGAAGUCUUCCUGAUGCCCAUGACCAUUUGCUGCAUCGUCGCCUCUAAAGAUUCCUGGGAUGAUUUGCACAUGAUCAUCAGCACGCAUCAGGUAAUGUGUGGUUCGCUGGUUCUGAGCCUUUUCAUCUAUUUUUGCCUUUGGAUUUUCAUGCAAUUCCGAGUGAUUUGGGAGAUCGACCUCAUUGAUAUCUUUACAGCCAGUGAAAGGGGUCACCUGGAGAGAUUGAAAGAUGCCUUAGAGACCUUGGUGUCGGAGGUCCGGGAACUCACCCGGAGCAGUUCGGUCGAAAUUGAUCUCAACAAGCCGGAUGUGGAUGGCAACACCCUGUUGAUGCUGGCAGCCUGGCAAGGUCAUGCAGAUGUUUGUGAUUUCCUGGUGAAACAGGGCGCCUUCAUCAGCAUUACCCACAAGGGUGCGAAAAACUGUCGGAAUUGGAACACGGCCACAUGGCAGGAUUGGACUGCGCUUCAUAUGGCAGCUAGGCAUGGCAAGGAUGAGGUCAUCAAAGUGCUGAUCGACAAUGGAGCGUUGAAGGAAGAUCGGCAUUAUUUGGAUAAAAGAGGGCAGACUCCCUUGCAUGUGGCCGUUGCUGCCAAGCAAGUGGAAGCGGCUGCGACUCUUGCCAACAAAUGCCCUGACUGGACAUCAGCCCAGGACCUGCGUGGACGGACGCCUUUGGACUUGGCCAACGCCCAGCUCCGGGAGGUUCUGCAUGCCGAGAUCCGGCCCAACGAGUCUCGACGACAGUCCACCGUCUCCACGCUAAGCUGUCCAAGACUCUACAGUCAGAGUCGGAGGCGCGGAUCCUCCUUCACGGUGGGGGACUGGCGCUCCGUGCCGCUCCACAUCUCUCGAAAACGUGUACAGUUGGCAGCGCCGGGGCUGUGUUCGUACGUUGCGGCCUCCUGCGGCGGUGCUUUGGGAAGGCUUUGUUUGGCUGAGGCGCCAGAGGAGAAUGUGGUUGAGAACCCUGCGAUCUCCUUGGAGGAUUUGGAGCCCAUCACCGCCAACGGCGAGAAAUGCAGCGCCACUCAAGCGCUGAUUGGAGAAGGUGCAGGUGGCCGCGUGUUCCGCGCGAAGCACCGGCUGCAGAGCUCGCCGUACUACGCGGUGAAGGUCUUCCGCAGCAACUCUGGCAGCGCCGAUCGGGGCGUCCCACCUGAGGUAGCCCGAGAAUGCGAGGUGGCAACCUGUGUCCGGCAAACUCCACAUCCCUGCAUCGUGCGGCUCUUCAUGAUUUUCUUCGAUGAGACCUCACAGCUUUACACCUUGGUGAUGGAGUUUUGCCCAAGUAACCUCUUCCGACAAAUCUUGCAAGCCAAAGAGCAUGCAUUUACAUCAGGUUCCGGCUAUCUUCCACCAGCUCAAACUUUGAAUUGGCUGGGUCAAAUCUUCCUGGGACUGGAGCACAUGCAUCACAGGCUCAACAUUCUAUUCCGGGAUCUGAAGCCGGAGAACGUCAUGAUCGACCAGACAUUGUGUGCCAAGUUGGCGGACUUUGGUGCGGGUCGCUUCGGUGCAUCGGCUGGGAACUUCUCCUUUGGUCAUCCGGCAGGAACAGUGGGCUACUGUGCACCAGAGGUCUUGUAUGGACAUCCACAUGAUGAAGGUGCAGAUCUUUAUUCCUUAGGCGUGGUCACCUGGCUGAUUUUCACCGGAGGGAUGCACAACACGGCGCCUCCCGUUUCUCAGCGCCCGGAAUUUUCGGCUCAUUUCCACGACUGGGCCCAGCUUCAUCAUUGCGUCCAGAUCAACUUUCCUCCCUUUCGAGGCCAGAACGUCUCAGCGGCGAUAGGCCCGAUAGGCUGA